UCUCCGCUUCUUGUUCUUCUUCUCAGUGCUCAGUGCAGUCGUUUUCGCUGCCUCCACCACCACGCGACUUUCAAGAGCAACAACAACAAAAACAAAAAGGACGACUCGGAGCGAGUGAGAGACAAGGCGGCCGUGAUACUGAGGAUCCUCAUCUCUUGCUUCUUUUUUGGGGGAUUAAAAAAAUCACGCCGAAUCGCAGCGUUGACGGCCGAGCGCCAGCAGGGCCUACGAUGUCCAGUGAAGUGCAAAGACCGGACGACAGCCCCAGCACCAGCGGCGGCAGCUCGGACAUCGAGCAGCGCGAGUCGUCGGUACCGACCGAGCAAGAGCGGGAACAAGCGCAGCCCAAAAAGAAGGAGACCAAGAUCUCCAGUAAAACCGCCGCUAAACUGUCGACGAGUGCCAAGAGGAUUCAAAAGGAGCUGGCUGAAAUUACAUUAGAUCCUCCUCCAAACUGCAGGGUUGACGCUAACAGAAGAGCUUUAAUGAAGCAAUCUUCUUGGCUGUUGACUGUGAAAGAGGCCCGGCGUCAAUUAGCACGGCGGCCAUGGAGGGCAGAGUGCCGGCCCCAAAGGAGACAACAUCUACGAGUGGAGGUCCACCAUCUUGGGACCGCCAGGCUCAGUGUACGAGGGAGGGGUCUUCUUCCUGGACAUCGCAUUCACACCAGACUACCCCUUCAAGCCCCCCAAGGUGACUUUCCGCACUCGCAUCUACCACUGCAACAUCAACAGCCAGGGUGUGAUCUGUCUGGACAUCCUGAAGGACAACUGGAGCCCCGCCCUCACCAUCUCCAAGGUGCUGCUGUCCAUUUGCUCCCUGCUUACAGACUGUAACCCAGCCGACCCUCUGGUGGGCAGCAUCGCCACACAGUACCUGACCAACAGAACCGAGCAUGACAGGAUAGCCAAGCAGUGGACAAAGAGAUACGCCACAUAGACACACACACGCACGCACACAUAAACGAACCACACACUUGCUCCUCCGCCUCCUCCCUUCUCUUCCUCCUCACUCUACCACUCUACCUCUUUCUCCCCUCAGUCCGUCAAAGCACACUCGCUAAGUGCAUCGCUUUACCCAGCCCUCCUCUUCCUCUCCUCCGUCCUCCCCCAAACAUUUUAUGUUUAAAAAAAAAAAAGUAAAACACUCAAAAAAAUAAUAAACAUACAAAGAAUUUUUUUUUUUUUUUGUUCCUUGGUGACUUGAAAGCUUCUUUUUAUACAGAGUGGAACGGGGGAUUUUUAUUUUCCAAUAUGCGAACGUUGGAAGUAUUGUAUUGGAAACGAGACACGCACACACAGACCAUUAUAAGCAGGGGUGCAUCCACGCUGAGAAUAUCAAAAGUGCACCAGAUUGAAAAGCGUCACCAAGCCUUUGCGUACCGAGCAUUUUGCUCGUCGUUCACAAACUUUUGUCAAAUUGUCAGUUUCACGGCGACAAAUAUUGGAGCAUAUAAACAUUGUUACGUUCAUUAUUUUUGCUGACUAACUCACUACUUGUUAUUUUCAACAUAGAGUUCCUCAGACUGCCAGAUAUUUUAAAGCAUCAUGACUGAUCUUUCAGGACCUACAGAAUAUUACAUUCUGUAUUAAUAUGAAUCCUGACCGUACCGGGGAAAAAAAAGAGUGGACUCUUUUCUUCGCCAGAAAAAGCUUUUCUACCGUUUUCCAUUAUUUAGUCAUUGGCAUGGGUUUGGUUUCAGCAAACAGAUUUUCUUGUGAAACAAAACAUGUCAAACAAAAAAAUAUGACUUUUUUUUUUGCUAUAAAACAAAGAAUUAUUGUUUUUUUUUUUGCUACAAAACAACAAAAAAGACUUUUUUGAGCUAAAUAAUUUAGCUGCAGAUGUCCAACUAAAACAGUAAUGUGCUGUGAGCCGCACUGACUCAUCGCUUGGCUCCGUUCACUCCAUCGACUGCGUUAUCUUUUUCUCACAAUCGCAGUUCCUACUACUUAGCGCGACACGUAGUCCGUUCAUACCGCGCAUACUCAUACACUGCUCGAGCGUGAGGUGCCUAAACUUGUCCCGAUUCCAACGUGCUGGCAUUUCUCUCCCUCUUAAUCCACGUGUAAAACUGGUAUCGCGCACCUCAUCUUCAUUUUCAACUCAAAAGCUGGUGAUGAGGCUGAUGGUAAACAAUUUUUCAAACAGAGACUUCAAGCUGUUCCGUGACGUUCACUUUUAAAGUUUACUAACUGCAAUACCCUCGCUAUGCUAACGUAAUGAAAAAUACCAUAGACUGGGUAACGACUACCACCUGUGGGUUGGCGUCGUCACCUUCUAAAUUGAUAUAUUCGAACACCAAUAAUAAAAAGCACUGCAUCUUAACAGCGGUCAUAUUCUUUAUCCUCUGCGAAGAACCGAUAAUAUUACCGCUAGCAGCUGCGACGUCUCCUCCGUGUCCAUGAAAAUCCGCACAGUGGAGCCCAGAGGUACGAACGCUUUUCGUAAGGUGGAAAAUUUGGAAAUGUAAGAAAUCACAAAAACAUGAAUAAUUAGGUCCAGCCUCAACAAACCCAUAAUUGAAGAAAUAUUUGCGCGCUUUGAACACAACAUAAAGCCAUACAGUACUACACUAGUAGUAAAUUGACAAACAUGACAAAGGUUAAUCAACCAAAAAUAUCUCGUGUGCACCCCUGAUUAUAAGCAUCAUCGUCCUACCGCCACACACACACAAAAUGUAAUUCAUAUUUUCUAUGUGGCAUCUGGAAGAAAAUAUGCGCUUUUUACUUCCUCCUCUUCUGUUGUUGUUGUGUUUGUCUCGGCGUGCAUCAAGCAGGAGCUUUCAUGCUUUUUGGCUUCCUCUGUUUUUUUCUUUUCUUUUUACUGUAUGUAUUUUUUCAAAGGCUUUUUUUUUUUCCAGGCAGACCGCAUGACAGAAAAAAAAAGCGUGUGUGUGUGUGUGUGUGUGUGUGUGAAGGUCUGCCUGCAGAAAGAGGGCAAGACUUGUAUAUUUGACUGGCUACCCGAUCCGCUGCUGUUGUGCACUUGUAUUACUGAAAACACCCAAUAAAAACACACUGUGGUUGGCUUGUGAGAAAGGGGGGUGUAGAUGGGGGGGGGGGACACGCUGUCACUCACUCUCACUCGCUUUUCUUUCCAUUUUUUUGGCCACACUUCCUCUCAUUUCAACAUUUCCUUUUUGGGUGCAGCAAAAAAAAUAUAUAUCUUUUGACAGGUGAGACUUGUCGUUUCAUGUCAUUUCUGAGCGCGAACCACGACGGGUUAUGCUCUUGUCUCUAACGCUGGUCAUUUGUGUCCACCUUCCUUUCAUUUUUUUUUUUUUUUGGUUUUUUUUUGAGUCCCUGUCAAGUGAAAAUAAAUGUCUAAAUUUGA